UGAAAUUGACACCGAUCACUUAGUCUAAGUGCGGGCAAGUUGUUGAUGUCAAAGAUAUAUUGUGAAAAAAACGGAGUCGCAGGUCGAGAUGCAGUUCUCCUCAUGUAAUAACUAUAGCUAGCCAAUAGACAAGCGUCUGGUGCCUUUUUCAUGGAUUGGACAAUGGCAAAAGGGAGGAUAGCCAUAAUAUUCUCGAUUGUGUUCCUGGCUAUUGCGUGUCACAUUCAUUCUGUCGUGGGGGUCAAGGUCUACGCGGAGGUUGCGUCCUUGAAUGAGACCGCGCGCAACGAUGAUGAUAUCGUCGAGGAGAACGAGGUGCCGCUUUCUCAAGAAUCUAAAAACAAAAUUGACAAACUCUUGCGUGAUCAUCCGCACAAUAUGCAUGGAAAACCAACAAAAUUCGAUAUCGAAGAUGAUAAAUCGAAUUAUCAGAUUGAACCGACGAGAAUAGCUAAUGUUACAGCUAAUCCAAUUGAAAUGAAUUCAUUGACCAGUCAAUCUUUGUCAAAUUCAACAGAAUGCAAAGGAAAGCUCACGGUUUCUUGUAUACGAAAGGAUUUUUCGAACUUUUUGGAUCAACUCUCGAGGGUUGAUACGUACAAUGUAACAGAAUCUGUGCAGAUUAUAAGAAACCCUGAAGUCAACGUUACGUGCAACGAUCGAAAGAAAAAUGAUACGGAUUUAAAUCUUUUGGAUAAGGUUCAUCAUUACGCCAAGACACACGUGAUGAAGAUACAGCUGAAUAAGGAUCUCAGUCUCGCCAGGAAAGCCAGGACGUUCUUCGGUUCCAUGUUUCAGGGAAAGAGUACCUUUUUAACAGGAUUCGGGCUUGGUUUUCUAGCAUUUGGUCUGAAGAAACUGUUGCUACCCUUGUUCUUCGGCGUACAAAUAAUUAAGAGUGUGUUACUUGCUCUCUUCCUACCCAGUAUCAUCGGCAGUAUUGGUAAUAUCGUUGGAAAAGGUGUUUCCUCUUUCGCGCAAUCUUCGCAUGCCGCGCCCGUGGCAGCAUCGGAAGAGAAUUUCGAGUUUAAAGAUAAUUCUGAUCUUUAUAACGAUGAUUAUCUGACGCGACAACCGGUAGGCACGUUACCAGCAUCCGCCAUGUACGACGAGAGUAUGAUGCAGACACAGAAAACUCCGGAUAUUGUGUCCCGCUAUGGAUUUGUCGAUUCGAGAAUAUCUCACGCAAAUGCGCUUUCGGACCGUUACUAUACGCGACACGUGGCUGCACAUGGACUUUCUAAACCACAAGAUUUUAAGGUCUUUCAUGAGAUACCAACGAGCUCUUUGCUGUUGACGAACUACGAUCCGUUCUACUCACCCCUGCUGUCACGUCUGGACGCCGUUUUCUCUCGCCUCGGACACAACACGGAAGGCUGCAGGGAGUACGCAGUGUGCGCGAUGUAUCGGAGUCCUGCGCGUUAUGCGCCAUAUUCAAACCUGGUCUCUGCUCAGCUAUCUAGGGAGUUAAACGAGCUCAGGAAACCCAGUAGCGACAAUCCCGACGUUUUACGUUUCUUCAGAUACAUGAAAUCCGCCAAGGAUGGCCAGGAUGGCGUCAAGUGUGAAGAGAUUUAUGCGAAUUGUGCGAACGCUCGUGAAGAUCAGACCUUAAAGCAAAAUCAAGCGAUGCUCGCGACGUAUCAAGAUAUUAAUAAGCUCGUUCAGGCUAGAAAGAUCUGA